AUGGCAAAGGCAGCUCAGGGUUCGGCAUCCUUGGACCCUCGAGAGAUCGAGAACGAAGCCACAAGCAGACAGCCCGAAUUUACCCCAAGAUCGACAAUGCUCAUCCUCGGCGCAUCAGUAUCAUUAUUCUGUACCCUUGGAUUCAUGAACGCGUUUGGAGUCUUCCUUGCUUACUACCAUCAGCAUUCACUCAGCCAUAGAUCUGUUUUCGACAUCUCCAGGAUUGGUUCUCUUGGCAUCUUCGUGUUGACGCUGGGUGCUCCAGUGGCAGGGGUUCUGGUAGACAAGACUGGUCCUUUAAUACUGCUCGCUGGAGGUAGUACUGGCCUAUUGUGUGGGAUCUUUGCGACCUCGCUGUGCACCGAGUACUAUCAGUUCUUUCUUGCACAGGGUCUGCUUCUGGGGUUCAGCAUGUCAUUCCUGUUCACGCCUGCCCUCGCCACGGUAUCGCGUUACUUCGUUCGGCAUCGUAGUCUAGCGCUGGGCAUUAGCGUCUCUGGUUCUUCUAUCGGAGGGAUUAUCUGGCUAAUCAUGCUUGAUCGGCUUCUGAAUAAUAAUGGCGUCAGCUUCGGCUGGACAAUGCGGAUCGUUGGCUUCACGAUGCUGCCUCUGCUUUUUAUAGCAUGUUUGACUGUCCGAUCACCGUCAAGGACUUCCCAGCUGGACGAUGACAUUGCCGGGGGACUUCAUGGCUCCAAAGGUCACCAAACCGAUCUCUCAAUCGCCAAGAGCUUCACCUUCUUGCUGAUGUGCGCCGGAAUGGCAAUUGCCUCCUUGGGAGUGUUUGCCCCUCUCUUCUACAUCACGUCCUCGCAACCAGCCUGGGCCAUCAUGAGUCUGCAGACUGCUUGUGCUGCGCAACUCUCUACCCCUGCAACGCGUGGGACAGCUCUAGGGUUGGUCAUAUUAGCUAUCUCAUUAACAGAUUUGUUCGCAACGCCUAUGAGUGGUGAGCUGAUCACGUCCGGCUAG